CAGCUCACACCCUGCAAUCGCUGAUCCGCCCUUUGUGGCAUCUUCAACUGGUCUAUAUAUUGGGAUGUUGAAAGAGGGGACCUGUAUGUAGACCAGAUAACCACUGCUCUGCUGCUACUGAGAAAGAAACUUUACACUUCGAAAAGCAAGAUGGGAAGACAAGCACAAACCACUAUCAUUGAAAAUGAGAAACAGACUGUGCAAUCAAAGCGGCCAGUCGAUCGACCAAUUCGAUGUCCAUUCGCUGUUCAGUUACGCAACUACAAGGAUGGCUCGACCCACCAGGACUCACUUCAUCACAAAGCGGCUAAGAAUACGCCCUGCAAUUCAAAAACUUGUGAGGGCUCCAUUAUGAAUCCCAAACCUCUGAUCCGCGGCCCAUCCAAAAUCACACCUUCCCCAGAUGACAUGCUCAGCCAGGCAGAGGAUUUCAUCGACCAGUACUACAAGUCGCUCAAAAUCCCGGGCUCGACGGAGCAGCAAGCGCGGAUUGACAGGAUCGCGCUGGAGAUCACUCUGACCGGGACCUACUCUCUCACCACCGAGGAACUCGCUUUUGGGGCCAAACAGGCGUGGAGAAAUGCGCCAAGAUGCAUUGGCAGGAUCCAGUGGUCCAAUUUACAGCUUUUCGAUGCCCGUGAUUGUAAAACCGCUGAGGACAUGUUUCAUGCCUUGUGCACUCAUCUUAAGUAUGCCACCAACGGAGGAAACUUGAGGUCUGCCAUCACCGUGUUCCCUCAGAGAACAGAUGAAGGGCAUGAUUUCCGUGUUUGGAACGGUCAGCUGAUAAAGUAUGCUGGCUAUCAGAUGGAUGAUGGUAGUGUGAUCGGCGACCCAGCGGGUGUAGACUUUACACAGGUGUGUAUUCAGCUUGGGUGGAAACCAAAGUACGGUCGCUUUGAUGUGCUUCCACUAGUCCUGCAGGCGAAUGGAGAAGACCCUGAAGUUUUUGAAAUUCCUCCUGAACUGAUCUUGGAGGUCCCCAUUGAACAUCCAGAGUAUGAAUGGUUCAAAGAUCUAGACCUGAAGUGGUACGCGAUUCCUGCAGUGGCCAACAUGCUCAUGGAAGUUGGUGGUCUGGAAUUCACAGCAUGUCCUUUCAACGGCUGGUACAUGGGCACAGAAAUUGGAGUUCGGGACUUCUGUGACAGUCAACGCUACAACAUUUUGGAGCGCGUUGGCCAGUUAAUGGGCUUAGAAACACGCAAGCUCUCAUCACUGUGGAAAGACCAGGCACUCGUGGCUAUCAAUGUUGCCGUCAUUCACAGCUAUCAGAAAAAUAAGGUCACCAUCACAGAUCACCAUUCCGCAAGCGAGUCCUUCAUGCAGCAUUUGGAGACGGAGGUUCGUUUGCGUGGAGGCUGCCCAGCGGAUUGGGUCUGGCUGGUGCCACCGAUGUCUGGUUCCCUGACCCCCGUCUAUCAUCAGGAGUUGCUCAAUUACAUCCUGUCCCCAUUCUUCUAUUACCAGACUGAUCCAUGGCUAACACACAAGUGGAAAGAUGAGAAGAAAGGACUUCGGAGAUGCAAGGUCAGCUUCAAAGGACUGAUCAGAGCUGUAUUUUUCUCUCAAACACUCAUCAAAGCUGUCCUGGCCAAGAGAGUGCGCUGUACUGUUCUCUAUGCCACAGAAACAGGGAAGUCACUGAGCUUUGCCAAAAAACUGAACACCAUGCUCAACCGGGCCUUUGACUCCAGGCUGGUAUGCAUGGAGGAAUAUGACUUCAGUGAACUUGAGACAGAGACCCUUCUGAUGGUGGUCACCAGUACCUUUGGCAAUGGAGAAAGUCCAGGAAAUGGAGUGACCUUCAGGAAGCAGCUUUUUAGCUUGCAAAAAGUGAAAAACACCAUCAGGUACGGUGUCUUUGGCCUGGGUUCACGUGUAUACCCACAGUUCUGUGCCUUUGCCCAUGCUGUGGAUGACAAGCUUGCGGAGCUGGGGGCCAAACGUAUGACAGCCACAGGCGAGGGUGAUGAACUAAACGGGCAGGACGAGGCUUUCUCUGCCUGGGCUUGCACUGCUUUUAAGGAUGCUUGUGAGGAGUUUAACAUUAAAAAGCAGCUGAAAGCUGUGGAGGAGCAGACGGAAGGCUGGGACCCUCAGAGAUACAGAGUCCAGCAGGACAGUUGCACUCUGGAUCCCAUUACAGCACUGUCUGCUCUUCACUCUAAAACCGUGUUUCCUAUGACUCUGAAGAGAAGACAGAAACUGCAAAGUGCUCAGUCAAGUCGUUCUACUAUCCUGGUGGAGCUGAAGACCGAUGGAAACACAGAUGCCUUGAAGUUUGCCCCAGGAGAUCAUGUGGGGAUUUUUCCAGAGAAUUCUUCAGAAUUGGUGCAUGGUAUCGUGAAGCAUCUCCCAGAUGCCACUCCUGAUAACCAGAGCCUUCGUCUGGAGACCCUCUCUGAGUCCAGCCAUGAGGGAAAGAGAUGGCAGACAGACGAACGUCUCCCUGCUUGCACGCUCGUCCAGGCUCUAACAUACUUCCUGGAUGUCACGACUCCACCUUCACAAAGCCUGCUGCGCAAACUCUCUACAGUGGCGGAUCAGGAAGAGGAUCGCAAACGACUUGAAGCGCUCGCAUCGGACUUCCAGGAAUAUUCCACAUGGAAGGAUUUCUACAGGCCCACCUUCUUGGAGGUUCUUGAAGAAUUUCCCUCUCUGAAAGUCCCUUCCGCCUUCAUCCUGAGUCAGAUUCCUCUGCUGAAGCCCCGUCUGUACUCCGUCAGCUCCUCGCUGGAUCAUCAUCCCAAUGAACUACACCUAACAAUCUCUGUGGUGGAGUACCAGACCCAGGGUGGAGCAGGCCCAAUGCAUUUCGGCACUUGCAGCACGUGGUUCAACACCAUCAAAAGAGGACACACAGUUCCCUGCUUUGUUCACCGCUCGGGGGGUUUCCAUCUCCCAGAAGACCCCAGCACUCCUGUUCUCCUGAUCGGGGCUGGCAGUGGAAUUGCUCCUUUCCGCAGUUUCUGGCAGCAGCGCACUCAGGAUGUGAAAAAGACAGGUCAGCAAAUUAGCCCCAUGACCCUACUGUUUGGCUGUCGCGAUUCAGAAACAGACCACCUGUACAAAGUAGAAACCCUGAAGUUGAGACUUAAUGGUAUUCUGGGAAACGUCAAUACAGCUUAUUCACGCCAGCCUGGGAAACCCAAGAUGUACGUCCAGGAUGUUUUGAAGGAGCAGCUUGUUGAAAAGGCUUUGGAGGUUCUUCACAAGAGCGCAGGUCAUCUUUAUGUCUGCGGUGGAAUGAACAUGGCCAAAGAUGUGGCUCAAACUUUGAAAGAUAUCCUGGUCAACAACACAAUCAUGAGCGAGGUAGAAGCUGGAGAAUAUAUGGAUAUGUUGAAGGUUGAGAAGAGAUACCAUGAAGACAUUUUUGGAGCCUAAAGGGAGAAUUCACUACAGUCAAAGAAACUACAAAUGUGAUUCAGAUGGU